UCGCCCCCGCGCGGCCUCUCCGCUUUCUCUCCCGCUUCGCUCCGGCCUCUCGGAGUCUGCAGCGGGGCGCCGGGAAGAUGGCGGCGCGGGGAGGCGGCGCGGGGGGCCCGGGCUCGGGAUCCGGACCCUCUGCUGGGACGGCGGGGGAGGCUGUGGAGCCCGCGCUGCGCCCGGGGGAGGUGGCUGCGCUGCACCCCCAGGAGGUGGCUGCACGGCUGCAGCGGAUGCGACGGGAGCUGAGCAAUCGGAGGAAAAUCCUGGUGAAAAACCUGCCCCAGGACAGCAGCUCCCAGGAGGUUCAUGAGUUAUUACAGGACUAUGAGCUAAAGUAUUGCUAUGUGGACAGGAAUAAACGAACAGCCUUUGUUACCUUGUUGAAUGGGGAGCAAGCACAGAGUGCAAUUCAGAGGUUCCAUCAGUUUUCUUUCCGAGGCAGAGAGCUGACAGUGCAGCUGCAGCCCACAGACGCUCUGUUGUGCAUCACCAACCUGCCCGUCUCGUUCACGUUAGAAGAGUUUGAAGAACUCGUCCGUGCCUAUGGCAACAUCGAGAGGUGUUUUUUGGUCUACAGUGAAGUGACUGGCCACUCCAAAGGCUACGGGUUUGUGGAGUACAUGAAGAAGGACUUUGCUGCCAAGGCCAGACUGGAGCUACUGGGCAGGCAGAUGGGAGCCUCAGCCCUCUUCGCACAGUGGAUGGAUGUUAAUCUCUUGGCCUCGGAGCUCAUCCAUUCUAAGUGCCUUUGUAUAGAUAAACUCCCCAGUGACUACAGCGAUUCAGAAGAGCUCUUGCAACUUUUUUCCGGUAUCCAUAAACCUGUGUUUUGCCAGCUUGCGCAGGAUGAAGGAAGUCACGGUGGUGGCUUUGCAGUGGUUGAAUAUAGCACAGCGGAGCACGCUGAGGAGGUCCAGCAGGUGGCAGAUGGCAUCACCAUCAAGGGGAGCCAAGUUCAACUGUCCUUCUGUGCCCCAGGAGCACCAGGGCGAAGCACUCUCGCAGCCCUCAUAGCGGCUCAGCGCGCGAUGCAGAGUAAUCAAAAGGGAUUACUGCCAGAACCCAAUCCAGUACAGAUUAUGAAAAGUUUAAACAAUCCUGCCAUGCUACAAGUUCUUCUGCAGCCCCAGCUCUGUGGACGGGCCGUGAAGCCAGUUCUCGGAGUCGCACCCAGCCUAUCGCAUCUGCUGAGUCUGCCCCUCCCCUCCGCGCUCUUGCACUUCAGUAAAGCACAGCAGAGUUCAGCUGUGGGUAACACAUCGUCCUUACUCCUUCAGAAUCUUUCUCCCUUACCCUUGAUACAGCAACAGUUGAUGAAGUUUGACAAUGCCCACACUAAUAAUAAGCCUGGCUUGCUGGGAGAGCCUCCCACCAUGGUGCUGCAGCCUGCUCUGGCAAUAGGGCCACCACUUCCACUGAAAACGGACCUGGGACACCAUGGAGAAGCACACAAAACGUCUAAUCUGAUUGCAAGUCAGACGACACUGGCAGCUGGACUGGGCGUGUUGCCGUUCUUCCCACACCAGCUCACUGCUGGGCAAGCCGGGCCGGGGCGUGGGACCACUCAGGAGAAGCAGUCAGCCCCGGUGAGCAGCAGCGAAGCUAGUUUCUCAGGGUCACAGCAUUAUCUGCAGACCUUCCCAGGCCUUCCUGGUGGAGGUCCACUGACAGGCAACCAGAAGACCCUGCAAAGCCAGCCAAAAGGCACGGAGGUAGCCUCUAAGAAUCAGACUUCACUCUUGGGAGAACCACCAAAAGAAAUCCGGCUCAGUAAAAAUCCAUAUUUGAAUUUGGCAAGCGUGUUGCCCAGUGUUUGCCUAUCCACUGCAGGCAAAGGCACGCCACCAAAGACUGGAAUUGCGAGCAACAUUCUGGAUGUGAUCUCUCAGGGAAGUGAGUCCCAGCAUGCACUGGAGAAGUGCAUUGCCUAUUCCCCAUCUUUCGAGGAUUUUGCCCAGGUGUCCUCUUUGAGGAAUGAGAAGCGAGGCUCCUCCUAUCUCAUCUCUGCCCCAGAAGGAGGCCCGGUAGAACUCGCUGGCCAGCACCCUCAGGACACGGGAGUGAGCUACACAGAGACCUACUUGAAGAAGAAGCGUGUGUACUAAGCCCGGUGUCUCCUGCCCGCUGCUGCGGUCCCCUGCAGCGCCUGCUGCUCCUCGCUGCCUUAACUCCAUUCACACUAGCCAUAUCCUUUCGAUACGGGUGUCUGACUUCCCAGGAGGAACUGACUGUCAUGCAGCAGGCAGAUCAGCCAAAUACCCAACUAGCAAUAAGAAACAUCACCGGUCGAGGGCAUUUCCCACUAGCAUUAGACGUGUCUUAAUCCAUGUGGUAAGGACUCCUCCGCUCACUGGAGAAUCAGCAUUCCAACAGUCCUUGUUUCGGGCCUGGGAACAAUUUUGACAUCAUAUAUAAAGUCUGAAGCAAUAAACGGGAAACCGUUUCGUUUCCUUAGCCUUAGAAUGAA